AAGCCACCAACGUCACCGCUCCCCUUGCAGUCUGGACAUGUCGAUGACAUCUCUUCCCGGGCGAUAAAUAAGAUUAUGGCUGAUGUCGAUAACUAAGUAUUGGGAUCCCGUCCGGUCGUCUUUGCACUUUCUGGUUUGGUGGUUUCUUUCUGGGCUGCCUGGUGCCGACGAAGCGAGACCCUAAAUAGGAGUUUGGCUUCUCUGGUCGCUAAACGCGUCAUUCCGUUUCGACCGUGAAGGAGCCCAAGGGGUAGGCUAAUUGCAUCAGCGAAUCGCAAUGACCCCGCUUCACACCAAGGCGGGUUCCGGCCUCCACCCUCUUUUCAUUCUGCCAAUUCCAUCCCUUUGAUGAUCUCCCAAGCCCAAUAUGCCUCACGCCGCUUUGCAGUGCCAGACGUGCUUUGCGCAUUUUCCAACAGAUAGAGCCCUUCGUAAGCACGUUAACGGUUAUCAGAAAUGUCUGGCACAUUUGACUCCGCUUGACGCAUAUCCCGCGUCCGACAGCGGCAAUGGCGGAAGCAAUAAAGAUGAGCACCGCAACAAUGACGAUGACGAUACAGACAUCGCCGAUGCUGAGGACGACGGGACCAUUCGCACAAGGACUGGUACUGACGAGCAUUCCCUGUUUUGUUGUCCUCACGAGGAGUGCGACCGUAGGGAGCCAUUCACUAGAAAGCAGGAUCUUCUACGGCAUUAUACAAGAUACGUUCCUUGCAAUGAGAUCUGCCCAUUCUGCUACGAGACUUUCACCGUAGCCCGUCAAUAUUUUGUACACAAUUGCAAGCGCAGAGAACCCGGGGACAAUUCCAGGGAACAAUAUCAUUUCACCGGCAGAGACUCCUCUCGAACAGCCAUAGGAGCGGCAGAAAAAGAAGCAGGGAAACAGCAAGACAUCAACGGUACCAUGCCCUCAGAUUGUAACUUCCGCAGGCUGAGGUUCGCGUCUGGGUUCCCUGAAGCAGCAUCUGGGGGUUUCCGUCCGCGAGCACCAGUCUUCGAGUCUCUCACGAUGUUGCCAAACUGCAUGCCGCAAGAUAACACGACACCGUCACAGUUCACGUUGCGAGCGCCUGCCCUUGAGUUCCUACCGGACUAUACGCCACAACAAGAGAGCACAACAUCGCCCGACUUCCCGUUGCGAGCACCAGCACUUGAGUCUCUCCCGAUGCUACCAAAUUAUACCACACAGCAACAUGAACCAACGUCACCUAGGUUCCUAAUCAAUCCUGGCGACGACUUCUCCGCUAAUCAGAACAUUAUCUAAACGACUACCCUCAGACGCAAGGAUUCUGAAAAGGAGAAGGGAGGAAGGAGGAAGGGCGGUAAU